AGAGAUGUAAUGUGCUUUAGUAGUUCACUCAACACUUGUUGAUAAAAUAACAAUUUUCUGUUAUGCUAGAGCUAAAUUCAUGAGGCAAUGACAGAACUAGUGUUAUUAAGGGUGCAAAGCCGAGCUAGAACUCUCAUAUUGCCUUGCAUUCGGAUGGAUUUUUUUGUGUGUGUCUCUCAACGAAAGAGCUCAAGACUUUUUUGUACUAGAGCUAAAUUCACUAGGCAAUGGCAUAACUAGUGUUGUCAAGGGUGCAAACACGAGGUAGAACCUUGCAUUCAAAAAGGUUUUUUUUUUUUUUUUUGUGCGCAUCUCAUUCGAAACGGUUGGAGACAUUUUUGUAUUAAAACUAAAUUCAUUAGGCAAUGGCAGAAAGUAGAGGUGAUCAUGGGUCGGGUCGGGCCGGACUUGGACAAAAUUUUAAGCCCGUUUUUUAGGUCCAGGUCGGGUCUGGCCUGAAAUAUGGGCCUGAAAAUUUGUCUAAGCCUGACCCGGAAGAAAAUUGUUAAGCCCGAGCCUGGCCCGGCCCAUAUUAAAUUUUACAACACCAAAAUAACAUAAAAAAUUUGCAAAAUAUAUAUAUUUGAUUAAAAAAUAUAUUUAAUAUAUAAUUCGAACCGGGCUGGGCCCAGGCAAAAAAAGUUUUACCUGAGGCUUGGCCCCUUUUUUUGCCCAAACCCAUAUUUCGGGCCUAUAUUUUUACUCGAACCCUCCUAUUUUUCGGGCGGGCCGUCGGGUUGGGCCGGAUAGCCCAACCAAUGAUCACCUCUAGCAGAAAGGGCGCAAAGCCAAGCUAAAACCCUUAAAUUGUCUUGCAUUCGAAAGAGGUUUUUUUGUAUGUCUCUCAUUCGAAAGGGUUUAAGACAUUUUUGUAGUAGAGCUAAAUUCACUAGGCAAUGGCACAACUAGUGUUGUUAAAGGUGCAAAGCCAAGCUAGAACCCUUAUAUUGUCUUGCAUUCGAAUUUUUUUGUGUGUGUCUCUCUCAUUUGAAAGGGUUCGAGAUAUUUUUGUACUAGAGCUAAAUUCACUAGGCAAUGUCACAACUGGUGUUGUUAAGGGAGCAAAGCCGAGCUAGAAUCCUAAUAUUGUCUUGCAUUCGAAAGGAUUUCUUUCUUGUGUGUGUUUCUCACUUGAAAGGGUUCGGGACAUUUUUGUACUAAAGCUAAAUUCAUUAGGCAAUGUCACAACUAGUGUUGUUAAGGGCGCAAAGCCGAGCUAGAACCCUUAUAUUGUUUUGGAUUUGAAAGGGUUUUUUCUUUUUAUGUGUGUUUCUCAUUCUAAAUGACUCGAAGCGUUUUUGUUGCGUGGUCCGGGUAAGCACGGCUAGGGCCACGCCUUGACAUCACUGAUGGCCACCUAAACAAGAUUCCCUGCCUUUUUUGCAAUCAAUGUACAUAUUAAAAGGUAUGGAGGCAAAAACAAAGUUGGCUAACUCAUGUAGUGGACUAUGCUCGGGACAAAGUCUUGACUCUAGUGGUAAUAUGACUCAGAAACAAGACACUUCAUUUAAAUAUUAGUAAUAAAGUAGUUCGACCGUCCAAAUUUCUCUCUAGAUUGUAGCAAAAGCAAACAAUAAGCAAAGACCAACAAGCAUUUGUCCCCAAAAGUCAUUGCCUAGUCUUUCUAUUUAAUCACAAUCCUCACUCAUUUUAUACUACACUACUUUGCUUCUUUCCUUUGUGUUUGACUCUUUUACAGGCCAAGAACAUGAACUCUGUGUGGGCAUUAUUGGCUUCCAUUGCCUUGAUACGUACCACACUCUACAAUUACUUGCCUGAAAAGCUCCGGUUAUACAUCUCUGCACGGUUCGAAGAAUGGACUCGCCGGUUCAAUACUGAUGAAACCAUGGUCUUCAAAGAUUACCAAAGUUCAAAGAUGAACCAACUUUUCCAAGCUGCAAAUCUUUACCUUGGAGAAUCGCUUCCCACUAUUUCAAUCCCUCGUGUGACCGUAGAAAAGACUGAGAACGUAAGGAACCUCACUUUUUCCAUGGAGAAAAACACCGAGAUGAUCGAUGUUUAUGAAAAUAUACCAAUGAAAUGGAAGUACUUCUCUGAUUAUAGUCAAGGUAUGUCCAAACAUGAGAUCAGAUGGUAUGAACUAUCAUUUCAUAAAGAGUACAAAAGCUUGGUCACCAAGUGUUAUUUGCCAUAUAUCCUUGAAAGAGCUAACAAGAUCAAAGAAAGGAACAGAGUGGUGCAACUCCAUACAGCAGCUCAUGAUUUUUGGACCCCAAAACCAGUGAUAAUUCAACAUCCUAUGACAUUUGAGACCUUAGCCAUGGAUGGGAAUCUCAAGAAGGAGCUUGUGGAAGAUUUAAACAGGUUUAUGAAUAGUAAAGAAUAUUAUCAACAGAUUGGAAAAGUAUGGAAAAGAGGGUAUUUGCUUUAUGGUCCUCCAGGGACUGGGAAAUCUAGCUUGAUUGCUGCUAUGGCAAAUCAUUUAAAUUUUGAUAUCUAUAACUUGAAUCUCUCAGCUGUUUCUUCAGACUUUGUUUUGCAGAAUUUGUUGCUUAGUACUGCCAAUCGGUCGAUUCUUGUGAUUGAAGACAUAGAUUGUUCUAUUAAGUUUCAGAACAGAGAAUCUGGGAUAGAACAACCUAUAAAGUAUCAGCAACAAAACAAGGUAACACUUUCUGGAUUGUUGAACUUCUUUGAUGGUAUUUUAUCCUGCUGUGGGGAAGGAAAGAUACUGGUUGCUACUACCAAUUACAAAGAUCGAAUCGACCCUGCAUUACUUCGAGCCGGUCGAAUGGACAUGCAUAUCUACCUUACUUAUUGCACUUUCUCUGCCUUUAAGCAACUAGCUUUAAGGUACUUGGAGAUUUCUGAUCAUAGUCUUUUUCACCACAUUCAAAAGCUUCUACCAAAGGUUAAAGUUUCCCCUGCUGAGGUUGCUGGUGAACUAAUGAAGACUAGGGAUCCUAAAGCAUCUAUUGAGGGCCUGAUCAAGCAUCUUGAAGAAAAGGUAAAUUUGAUUGCAGAUGGCAACUCUGAAGUUAGUCCCAAGCACCAUUCAUCUCUUUCUCAGACAUCAAAUUACCAAGUCCAUGAAUCUUCAAUAUCACUUCCUUUGGCAUGUAAUGGAGCUAGUAUGGACAAUUUAAAGUCUUCAGGUCCUAAACCAGAUGUUUCGGUCAAGUCAAAGUUAACCGCGGAUGGCGAGGGUGACAAGAACUUCGAGAAGACGGAUUCAGUCCGGGAUCGAUCUUCAGGCCAUAAUAUCCUACAAGUCAUUGAAGACAUGGAAAAGGAACUGUUGAGCUACAAAGAAGCAAUUAUAGCACUGCAAAAGAAAUCAUGUGGGACACUGAAUAAAUUGGCUGAGAUUAAGGCCACAAUAUAAAUAAACUCACAUUCAAUUUAGUGAUGGUGAAUGAAAUCAACCCCAUUUUUAAUAGUGUCAUUAGCUUCCAAAACCAUGGCUACCAAUCUGCAACUGCUGAUAUAAAUUAGAUGUAGAUAAUGGCCUUUGGUUCAAUAAAUAAGAUGCAUAUCUCUUCAUGGUUCA